AUGUCCAGCGGAAAGAUAAUUCAGAUUCGUUCGAACAAUACUCGUUUUAAUCGGAACAAUAAUCGGAAGAAGAACGUUACUCACAAAUCAGCUAUCUUCUCUAGACUGGCGCGAUUUUCCGGACACUGCCAUGUUGAGGGGAAUUGCCGAGCUCAAGAGCAAGGUUUUUCAGGGUUUGGCCAUCGCGUCAGGGGUGUCAUUUUCCGACUGAUGCCGCUCACAAACGUGCUCAAACAACCAUGUAUUUUGAAUACGUCACAGUGUAAUAAACGCUCACAGCACGACCUUUUUUUGAUGAGAAGAGAAGCGCCUCUUUGAGAAUGUCAUAUGCGCAAGACUUGCUCUUGGUAUGUACGCCAGGGUUGUUGCCAAGCUUGUGUAU